AUGAGUAGGCCCGUGUCUCUCGCCGUGAAGCCGCCUGGCACGAACAAGUCGACAUGGAGCGCGCCGAGCCAGCGCAUCUUCGCCGACGACUCGGACGAGGAGGGCGACGCCUUCACCUCGGCGUCGGGUAGCCGCCCAAAGCCCAGGGUCAAGGCUGAGGACGAGCGCAUCGAGGGCUUUGGGAACGGACGUAAGGUUGGCCGCCGCUCCCCAGAGCCGCUCGUUAUCGCAGCGCUGCCGAACCGCGACUGGCGCGCCGUCACGACGCAGGCACGGCGUCCAGGAUACCGUCCAGAACGGCGGGAUGACGAGCCGGUGGUCACCCACGAGCGGACGGGCGACGAGCCGCAGAGGCGCGGACUGCGGCGUGCAGACGACAUUGACCCAGAUUAUGACAACGACCGUAAGCCGGCGCCAGCUGAGCUCGUCGCCGCCGAAAUCAAGCAGGAGACCAAGGCCGAAACCAAGCAGGAGACCAAGCAGGAGGUGAAGGAGGAGGAGCGCAAGCCCCUCACACUGGAUGAGGAGGCGCUUGCGGCCGUGCUCGCUGGCGACCGCCCCGUCUCGGACGCGCAGCGGCUUGCGGACGAUCUGGUGAUCGAGAGCGCGGCGGACCGCAACGUCAUGACGGAGGACCAGGCGCUCGAACGCCACCUCGACGCGCUCCCCGAGGAGAGCACGUUGGACGACUACGACGCUGUGCCGGUUGAAGCGUUCGGCGCAGCCAUGCUCCGCGGUAUGGGGUAUGAUGCGAAGAACGACACACCGAUGCACGUGCCCAAGCCCCGACCGGCACUGCUAGGCAUCGGCGCGACCGCUCUGUCGUCCGAGCUCCCGCCGAGCCGGAAAGACCCGAAGAAGCGGCGAGAGGAGCGCGCUACUCGCGGCGGGCGCGGGUUCAAUGCUGCCGCGCUCAUGGUACGCUCGAACGGUCCGAGCCGCGAGGCAAGCAUUGCCAGAGAGGACUCGAGGGAAGCGAGCCGGUCCCGCGGCACCAGCCCGGGCGAGAAGCGGCGGAGAGACGACGGCGAUUCCCGUGACAGUAAGCGACGCUACGAUAACCGCGACGACAGGGAUCGCAGACGCACGGACGAGCGCGAUACCCGCGACCGUGAUCGCGACGGCAGACGCUAUGAGACGGAGGAGGAGCGUGCACGGCGCAAGGCGCGUGAGCGCGAGAGCGACAGAGACAGAGACGACCGUCGAGACCGUGAUCGCGAUCGUGAACGGUCUCGUCGUGACGACCGCGACCGGGACCGCAGCCGAUAUGAGGACAGGAACAGGCGUGAGCGCGACCGUGAUCGCAAUCGCGACCGCCCCUAG